AUGUUCUGCUCACCUAAUAAAUUGAUCGUCCUUUUACUAGGAAUAAUUGGAAUUUCAAUGGUUUUUGCUAUUCAGAUGCCAAAUAAAGAACUAGCUGAGACUUAAUCUGAGGUCUCAUCACUACAAAACCUCUCAGCUAACGACCUUAACAACUUAUAUCUUCAAUGGCAAGCUAGAAUUCUUACCUACAUUAGAAAUAAUGGUCUCUAUCUAGGAAGUAGAUGGGUUAUAAGACAAGAAAACCCUUCCCAAGCCUUGGUUUUCAGAGAUCUAUAAUCUGGCGGAGACUACAGAUAUGCUAUGUUUACAAAGAAAUAUGUCGAUUUAUGA